AUGAAUCGCAUCGGGGGACCGCAAGGAGUAGCUUCCGUGGUGGUUUUGCUGGCGUCUCUAGUCGUGGCUGCUGGAGAACUGGUCGAGCGACAGAAUCCUUCAUUCAUCACUGCAUUACCGACAGUGGCAGCGACGACAUUUUCCACUUCAUCCAUUACGCCAUCGUCCUUUCUCCCUCCUAGCCCUUCACCAAAUGCUCCUCAGCAACCGGAUCCGAUUUUCACGCCGAGUCCGUCAAAUACCGUUGUCGCCUUCUCGUCAGCACCCCUUCCACCAGCGAUUCUACCAUCGUCACCAGCUAUUUCAGCUACUACGCCGCUUGCCACCUCCUUUCGACCUACAACAACUCGCCCAACUCAGGCAGAAGCGAGUGCAGUCGAGAUCAAAGAUGAUCAUUACUUUGGCGGGACCCCAGGAUUAAACCCAGAUGCACCUGUCACUGGUAUCUUCUUGAUGCUGUUCAUCAUUGGAGCCCUCGUCUAUGGAUGGAUCUACUGGAAGAAUGCCAAACGACCAACUCGAGGCGGCAACGGAGAUAUCCUGUCGGGGCUGAUGAUCUGUUUCUGCCUUGCUGAAGCCUUGGUGUGUAUUCUUCGCAUCGCUUGGGCCAGCACAGACAUGCGACCGGCGGUCGUGUUCUUUGCACUGGUGUCCGAAAGCAUUGGAAAUGCUGGGGAAAUCGAGCUUUCAGGAGCAAGACUUUUGCAGGCCAGCACCGGUCUCCUCAUGGUCACUGGCUUUAUCUUUCUGGUUGUCGUCAUAGCAGCGAGCACAGCCGCCGACCGCUCGAAAGUCGACGAGUUCACUGCCAGGAUGAUUAUAUACUUCGGUGGAGCCGGACUAUUGACAAUGACGAGCCAAAUCGCACGAUUCGCCUCAACCUUCAUCAUCUGGAAGCCGACAGACCAAGUCUCUGCAGGAAUACUAUCAAAACCCGUGUACUACAUCACAGGUUUUGGAAUGAGUGUGUCGAUCAUUGUCCUUUACGCGGCUGCCAGAAUCGACCUACUCUUUGGCAAGAUGCCUAACUCGAAUGGGCGCUCAUCACCACGGCCUUCGCAAUUAGAGCAACUGGAGACACCAAUGACAUUGAAACCCAAGCUGAGAGAAUCGCCAUUGCGUUUGAACCCUAUCCUGACUCCCACGGGCGAUGACGGGCGGUAUCAUAAUCACAAUGAUUGGACGGAUAGUCGGAGUCCUCUGUCAGCGUCCAGUACCGGCACGUUCACAAUGGAGAAGGCGGGCAAUUUUGGAUCUGGAUGA